GAAAAGGAAAUGGAGCGUUAGUGGACGUUGCAGCAAAACACCCCUCCCCUUUUUGCACCCGCACAAGUGUCCUCUGCGACAGUGGAGACCGAGAAAGAGCUUUUAGAAAUAUCGUUCGAAACAGGCUUUUUCUUUCUGUGUGUAAUCCCAACAGUUUCUUAAGAUCAAAGCAGGCAAAGAGGAGCACCGAGUUCAAUUUAAGCAUGUAUCCUCGAGUAAAGGCGACGAGAGAGAAAGAAGAUCCGAAAGCAAAUGAAGAUACAACACGGUUUCUACUAAGACUUGUUGAUUCUCUCUCAGAGCAAGGCCAUUCAUUCUCAAGAACUCCACCCAGUUAUGGAAGAUAUUCUGAGAACCACCCUUCCACAGCAGAUGCAAAAAGCCUAAGAUCUCUUUCUAAAAACUCUCCCAUAGCUUACACAUGUGCAUCCAAAGAGAUGCAUACCAAAAAGAGCGGCGAGGAUAUCAGAACCAACUUCCGAGCUACUUUUGUUUCACGACCUAGAGCCGUCUUAUCGAGCCCAGAAAACGAUGAAUUAAUCGGACACCAAAAUCGGCUAAUGGAAGAAAGAGAUGCACUAUGGAAGAAACAGAGUAUGAACCAACAACAACAUAUACAUGGCCACGAUCAGCUAAGUCAUAAGGCUGCUCGAGUUGCGAAAAACUCAACAGAGCGACAAAAACCGUGAGAAGAGAGGCUUAUUUGUGGAUUCUCCGCAUGCUCUGAAUCUGACAUAAAGAGUUUUUGGUUUUAGUAUUGCCUAUGUUUCCUUCUACUAUGCGCGAUACCCAUGCGUGCAUGAUGUAUAUCUCUAAGUGAGCCUAUAUUAUAGGCCGAAAUUGAUGUUAAAAUGUUGAAAUUGAUGUUAAAAUGUUGGGAGAAAUGAGAGUUUCUCAAUACAUUUCAGUUGUACAUGUUCCAUCCUAGGUAUAGAAAAGAUGUAUAUAAAGGUCGCAGAAACAGCUAAUAGCCACAAUUCUUGUGCCGCGAUUGUUGCAAAAGAACAAGCAAAUAAUGAAUAUCACCUCUAGGUCACAUGAUU